GUACAACCCAUUCGUCCACUACCAAACCAUCAAGGGUUUCGGUGGGUCGCACACGGAUGCCGCCGCGAUCAACAUCAUGAGGUUGUCUCCGGAGGCCCAAGACCGGUUGCUCCGAUCCUACUUCUCCGAAGAAGGGAUUGAAUAUAACCUCCUGCGUUUGCCCAUGGCAUGCUCUGACUUUUCCACACAUGCGUACAGUUACGAUGACAAGUGCCCGAACGAUUAUGACCUGACGUGCUUCAGUCUGGCGCCAGAGGACACAAAACUGAGGAUCCCGCUCCUCCACCGCUUCCAGGCCCUCUCCAAGCGGCCACUCUCCCUCGUGGCCAGCCCGUGGACGGCUCCCGCGUGGCUCCGGACCAACAACCUAGUGAUGGGGAAAGGGCGGCUGAAGGGCGAAGCUGGCGACAGAUACCACAAGACGUGGGCCUCCUAUUUCCUCAGGUUCCUCGAUGAAUAUGCAAAAGAGAACAUCACCUUUUGGGCUAUUACGCCUCAGAAUGAGCCGGUCUUGUCUGUUUAUAUCGCUCAAAAGAAUUUCCCCACCAACCAGUUCACGCCAGAAGAGCAACGUGACUUCAUCAUACAGGAUCUGGGCCCUGCCCUGGCUGCCAGUUCCCACAAAAAGGUCCAGCUCAUAAUCCAUGAUGACCAAAGAGUCAACCUUCCUUACUGGGCCAAAGUGAUCAUAGGUAACAGCAGUGCCGCCCAGUAUGUGUCAGGUGUUGGGAUCCACUGGUAUCUGGACAGCGUGAUCCCUCCGGAGCCUACCUUGGAGGCCACCUACCUCCUCUACCCCGAUUUUUUUCUGCUUUACACAGAAUCUUGUAACGGCUUUCGAAGUUGGGAACCCAAGGUUGACCUAGGAAGUUGGGAACGGGGCAACAGAUACAGCCGAAAUAUCUUGACGAACCUCAACAGCUUCGUCACCGGCUGGAUUGACUGGAAUUUGGCUCUGGACACGGAAGGGGGCCCGAACUUUGUGCAAAAUUACGUGGACAGCCCGAUCAUCGUUGAUGCGUUCCGGGACGAGUUCUACAAGCAGCCGAUGUUCUACCACUUAGGACACUUCAGGUAG